AUGCCGAAACAUGCUGGAGGUAACCAACGUGGCAAUGCUCAUAAGAAGCGACAGGUUGCUGUGGAUGAGGACAAUCCCAUAGUUCAGGCAUUCCGAAAUUAUUCGAUUGAAUUGACAACGAAACACGAUCGCCAUGAGCGUAUUGUGAAGCUGAGUCGCGACAUUACCAUCGAGUCCAAGCGAAUUAUAUUCACCUUGCAUUCGAUCGACUCGCGUAAGCAAAACAAGGAGAAGAUUCUGGAGGAGGCCCAGAAGCGUCUCCAAAAAUUGAUUGAUGUCAACUUUCGGGCCAUAGCGUUGGAACUGCGUGACCAGGAUGUGUAUCAGUUCCGCAAUGCGUACUCCGCAGGCCUGCAGGAGUUUAUCGAGGCAUACACCUAUAUGGAGUAUCUGUCCCGCGACGACAACGACGAGACACCCAAGUCUGUGUCUGACUGGCAGGCCUUGCAGUCGGUGAUGCAAUACGUGGAGGAUCCAAGCAAAGCCAAAGACGAGGGAGCAUCUGUCGAAGAAAUGGAUGUGGACGAAGAGAAAGGCGGCGAGGGGCAGGCCAAGAAGUUUCAGUUCUUCAUUGAUCCCACAGAGUACGUGCUGGGAUUAUCCGACCUAACCGGCGAACUGAUGCGCCGAUGCAUAAAUUCUUUGGGCAGCGGAGACAUCGAUACCUGUAUGGAGACCUGCAGCACUUUGCAGAUGUUUUACACGGGUUACAUCAGCUUGAACUUGCAGCGUGCUCGGGAGUUGUGGCGCAAGAUUACCACUAUGCGACAGAGUGUCCUCAAGGCAGAGAAUGUCUGCUACAAUGUUAAAGUACGUGGUGGCGAGGCAGCCAUUUGGGGCUCAAAUUUCGACCAAAAGCCUGCAGAAAAUGUCGAUGAGGGCUUCUACUAAUGUAAUCACUUAAAUAUUUACAUUAAAUUUUAUUAUCAACGGAUUAGCGCUAGAAUUUAAUAUAACAUUUUAAAAAUCUA